AUGGCAGCAGGACAGCUCACCAUUGGAGCAGCGCGACAGUGGGGAUUGGGCUAUACCUACCUCUUCUUUCCUCAUUUCCACACCAAUUGGCUCGGGAACUCCGUCCGGUUUUCGACGACACAUGACGCGAAGAAAUUUCCCGAAUUCCACCUGGACAGCUUCCAACUUGCGCUCAAUCCUAACCCCAAGGACGACAAUCAAUAUGAUACCAACCGCGUCGGGAAGCCGAUUCUACAUUUCAUCGUUGAUGCCCGGGACUGCAGAUCUGUCUCAAUGGGUCUGGACCUUGAUCAAUCUCUUCGUGGCCACCUGACUGAGAGCUCCAUGGACAUCCACCCAGUCACAGACAGCCAUCUUGCCUUGCCCCAUCCGGCCCACGGAGCCCAGGGGCCCCCCGUUAUGAACACCUUGUUUGGAUCUACUCCACUUGCUGGGAUUGCUCAAUUCCCCCUCACCAGCACCAGCACCAUGGCUAUCGCCGCUGUCCUGGCAUCGCUACAAGGCAGCGUGAUUGAGUAUCCGUACCACUCGCUAGCCGCCGCUGUCCUCCUCGUCCCCGUCCUCUAUGUCAUUCUCAAUGAGUUCAUUCGUGAUUCCGCCCGCGUUAAGGGUAUGAAAGGUCCUCGCGGAUUGCCAUUGAUUGGAAACUUGGCGCAGAUCCGCACCAAUGCCGCGGAGCAGUAUCGCCUCUGGUCGAAAACGCACGGUGCCGUUUAUCAGAUCCAGCUGGGGAACAUCCCCGUCGUCGUGGUCAACUCUGCUGCAUCGGCAAAGGUGCUUUUCGGUCAGAAUGCACAGGCUUUGAGCUCUAGGCCUGAGACUUAUACUUUCCAUAAGAUUGUUUCCAAUACUGCCGGAACGACUAUCGGUACCUCGCCCUAUAGUGAGUCCCUGAAAAGACGUAGAAAGGGCGCUGCAUCUGCCCUCAACCGCCCCUCUGUCGACAUGUACGUGACACACUUGGAUGUCGAGUCAAAGUCCUUCGUGGAAGAGCUGUACCGAUACGGAAACCACGGGAAGACACCCGUCGACCCGAUGCCCAUGAUCCAGCGUCUGAGCUUGAGUUUGGCGUUGACUCUGAACUGGGGCGUGCGCAUCGCCUCGCAGGAAGAGGACCUGUUCGAUGAGAUCACCGAGGUGGAAGAAGAGAUCAGUCGGUUCCGAAGCACCACCGGAAACCUGCAGGAUUAUGUCCCGCUUCUGCGGUUGAACCCCUUUAGUUCCAAUUCGAAGAAAGCCGCCGAGAUGAGAAUCCGUCGUGAUAAGUACCUCGGUGCGCUGAAUAGUGAUUUGGAUGAGCGCAUGGCAAAGGGGACACAUAAGCCUUGUAUCCAGGCUAAUGUUAUUCUGGAUAAAGAGGCGAAGCUGAACAGUGAGGAGUUGACGUCGAUUAGCUUGACCAUGCUUUCGGGUGGUCUUGAUACUGUCACCACUUUGGUUGCGUGGAGUCUGGGCUUGCUGGCUCAGCGUCCUGAUAUCCAGGAUCGGGCGGCCAGGGCAAUCCAGGAGAUGUAUGGCGAGGAUGAUCCCAUGUGUUCUUCUGACGAUGAUCAGAAGUGUAUGUAUAUUGCAGCUCUGGUCAAGGAAUGCCUUCGAUACUUCACUGUGCUGCGAUUAGCACUUCCUCGCACCUCCAUCAAGGAUAUCACCUACAAGGGAAUCACCAUUCCCAAGGGCACGGUCUUCUUCUUGAAUGCCUGGGCAUGCAACAUGGACCCCGACGUGUGGACUGACCCGGAUGAGUUCCGUCCCGAGCGCUGGCUCGAGCAGCCCGACGCACCUCUUUUUACGUACGGUAUGGGCUAUCGAAUGUGCGCCGGUUCGCUGCUAGCCAAUCGCGAGCUCUACCUCGUCUUCAUCCGGACCUUGAACAGCUUCCGUCUGGAAUCUCAUGAUAAAACAGACUGUCAUCCUCUUCGGGGUAACUCAGAUCCGACUAGUUUGGUGGCUAUUCCUCAAAAGUACAAGGUUCGAUUUGUGCCGAAGGAUGAAAAGGCGCUGUUGAAGGCUCUUGCGCAGUGA